AUGGCAGCUGUUGUCCUGGAGAAUGGAGUCCUCAGCAGAAAACUCUCAGACUUUGGGCAGGAAACAAGCUAUAUUGAAGACAACUCCAAUCAAAAUGGUGCCAUAUCUCUGAUAUUCUCACUCAAAGAGGAAGUUGGUGCCCUAGCCAAGGUCCUGCGCUUAUUUGAGGAGAACGAUAUCAACCUGACACACAUUGAAUCCAGACCUUCUCGUUUAAACAAAGAUGAGUAUGAGUUCUUCACUUAUCUGGAUAAGCGUAGCAAACCUGUUCUGGGCAGCAUCAUCAAGAGCCUGAGGAAUGACAUUGGUGCAACUGUCCACGAGCUUUCCCGAGACAAGGAAAAGAACACAGUGCCCUGGUUCCCAAGGACCAUUCAGGAGCUGGACCGAUUCGCCAAUCAGAUUCUCAGCUAUGGAGCCGAACUGGAUGCGGACCACCCAGGCUUUAAAGAUCCUGUGUACCGGGCGAGGCGAAAGCAGUUUGCUGACAUUGCCUACAACUACCGCCAUGGCCAGCCCAUCCCUCGGGUGGAAUACACAGAGGAAGAGAAGCAGACCUGGGGGACGGUGUUCAGGACGUUGAAGGCCUUGUAUAAAACCCAUGCCUGCUACGAGCACAACCACAUUUUCCCACUUCUGGAAAAGUACUGCGGUUUCCGUGAAGACAACAUUCCGCAGCUGGAAGAUGUUUCUCAGUUUCUGCAGACUUGUACUGGUUUCCGCCUCCGACCUGUUGCUGGCUUACUGUCAUCUCGAGAUUUCUUGGGUGGCCUGGCCUUCCGAGUCUUCCACUGCACACAGUACAUUAGGCAUGGAUCUAAGCCCAUGUACACACCUGAACCUGACAUCUGUCAUGAACUCUUGGGACAUGUGCCUUUGUUUUCAGAUCGCAGCUUUGCCCAGUUUUCUCAGGAAAUUGGGCUUGCAUCGCUGGGGGCACCUGAUGAAUACAUUGAGAAACUGGCCACAAUUUACUGGUUUACUGUGGAGUUUGGGCUUUGCAAGGAAGGAGAUUCUAUAAAGGCAUAUGGUGCUGGGCUCUUGUCAUCCUUUGGGGAAUUACAGUACUGUUUAUCAGACAAGCCAAAGCUCCUCCCCCUGGAGCUAGAGAAGACAGCAUGCCAGGAGUAUUCUGUCACAGAGUUCCAGCCCUUGUACUACGUGGCGGAGAGUUUCAAUGAUGCCAAGGAGAAAGUGAGGACUUUUGCUGCCACGAUCCCUCGGCCCUUCUCGGUUCGCUAUGACCCUUACACUCAAAGGGUUGAGGUCCUGGACAAUACUCAGCAGUUGAAGAUUUUGGCUGACUCCAUUAAUAGUGAGGUUGGAAUCCUUUGCAAUGCCCUGCAGAAGAUAAAGUCCUGA